AUUUACACGUGCUUCUCUUGCUUUUUUUCCCAUUUGCCUCAGCAUCAUAUAAUCAAAAUCAUCCCUUUCAGUUUUUUCUGUUGUGUAAUCUUUGUAUCUUGGAAUUAUCUUCUAAUCCUACUAAGUCAAAUAACUACAUUUCAAAAUGGGUAAAGUUCAUGGAUCAUUAGCUCGUGCUGGUAAAGUCAAAUCUCAAACUCCAAAAGUUGACAAAACUGAAAAACCAAAGACUCCAAAAGGUCGUGCUCGUAAGAGAAUGUUGUACACUAGAAGAUUUGUCAAUGUUACUUUAACUAAUGGUAAAAGAAAGAUGAAUCCUUCUCCAGCUUCUUCAUAGGUUCAAUGUAUUUUUCAUAUUGGUUUGUUGCGGUAAAUUUUUUUUUCAAUAAAGUACAAUAAUAUAAUCAUAUAAUAAUUUCAUAUUUUAAUAGUAUAACUGUAUUUAUAUGAAC